AUGGGAAACAGCCUCAACGACAUUUCUACCUCACCUGCAGAAAUGGAGAUGGAUGCUCCCGCAGUGGCAAACAAUGAAAUGGAAUCUCAAAUGCCAGCGGGGCAGAGUAGUCAAAUAGAAUCCGAUUUCACCAUUGACACCCCAGAGGAUCAGUUUGACGCACCCAUAUUUACUGAAGUAUUUUCAGGCUCGGAAGAAGUAGAAUCUGCCCUCCAAAGCUUCCCAACUUCUUCUCCCCCAACUCAUUACACCAUCUCAGAUGACAGGUCCUCUUCAGGCCAACAUUCGAAGAACUUGCUGGCUGCGCUAAAUCCAAAAGUUUAUGCUUCGGCUGAGUCUCACGACUACCACAAGAAGUCGCGCCUAAUACGGGAUGCUAGUCUUGGGGUUGGACCUCCAUCUUCACGGAUGGAUGGCUCCAGAACAUCGUUAGUAAAAUCCAGCUUCAUGAAAUCUUCUUCAACUAGCACCAAGGCACAGCAGCACCUCUCGACUCCGAAGCCACCUCUGACAAACGCACAGACUGCCGAUCAAAACAGGCAGGAUGCAGUUUCAACGAAGAGCGAUCUGGAUAGCCACGUCGUUCAGAGGGCUUGUAUCGCAAAAUCGUUUCCCGAUCAUCGGAUCAGCGCAGUCAGAAGACUUUCGACCUUAACCCAGAACAUCUGUGACAUUGGAGGCGUUAUGGCCCGAGAAUCGACUUUGGUAAGCAGAGAGAGCGCAAACAAUAAGACUACGAAUCUUCCCGGGGCCUGCGUGGAAAACGAAAAUUCGAAAGCCGGAGAAGGAUACCGAGACUCCAGGAGUAGUCAUGCAAACCCCUCGAUUAAUUCAAAUAGAUCUUCCCCCCGGUUGAGCGAUCGAAGCUGUAGGUCCUCUCUACAGCAGCCAUACCAUGUGUCAAGAUCCACACGGAAUCAAGAAACCUUUGAGCGUCUCAAUCUGUUUGAACAAUUCUUUCUGUCUCUGAAUCUGAGUCCAGGAGACUCGUUCAUUCUUACGAGGCCCCCAACUGGGGAAGAUGAUCUUUCCUGGGUGCACAACACGACCAAAUUGUCUCAAGGCAAUAUGCGUCCGGCAUGUGGACCAAAUGAAGAUGUGACUGUUGACGCCUUGCUUCUGAAACAGUACAUUCAAAAUUUAAGAGAUGAAAAAGAGAAAUUACGGGGGUCUCAAAUUGGCCAUAGCAUUCUAUACCAGUUUCCCCACUCCCAAGUCGAACCACGUUGGAUUGUUCUCUACAAAAUCGAUUCAAACGCCGAUGAGGUUUAUUUCGAUCGUCCGGAAUGUGUAGAAGAUGAGGCAGGAAAUAGAUUCCUGAGAUCCACCAUCCCACUUCGAAAUUUGGAAUUGUAUCUGGAGAGAAACAAGGACAUAUCAUUUGUUGUGUUUGAGGUAUUCGCAGCAAGAUCAUCGUCGACAUCACAGAGCCAUACUGUCUUCAGCCGUGAAGGAGAAUCAUCCAUCGCUCCUCUAUCUAGAUCCAUUUAUCCCGUCUCAUAUGAUCUCAAGCAAGCACUGGAAUGGUUACUCGACUCCCAGGAGUCCUUUGACGGCUUCAAGAAAGAAUAUGAUCGCACUGGGCUGAUCAAUGAUCCCUGUAUCUUCUUCUAUCACAGCCGUGCAUCAUACAAUCCAGAAGAUGAAAGUUUACACUCUGACACCAUCCGUCAUCUGAAUCUGCUUUGGAGCUAUAUCAACCGAGACUUUGGUCAAGAAUAUGAACGUGUCGAUAACAUGCUUCAGCGCGGUGUCACCUGCCCCGGCUUCAUCAAGUAUCUAUUCUGGCGUGAUCAAAUUGUUUUGAUGAAAAAAGGGGGAUAUUACCAAGGAUUUAUCACUACAGACUGGCCCACGGUUGAGAGCAACGCCAAUUUCGAUGGUGAAUCAAGUAAGCGUUCGGCGAAGAACACAGGACGAACAGGCCCGUCGAAAACCAAUCUCGAUGAAAAUGGAGUUAAAGUGAGGCUCAUGGCUAGUUGCUGGGAAUUCAAUGGGCAUUUCAAGAAGAUAUCGGUUCCCCUGGCAAGUGAAAUCAAAGGGAAUGGGCAUGAAGAACUCCUUAUUCGAGAUCUCGACUUUUACCCAAUCCAAUUCGCAGACAAAGAGCUCGUAGCUCACCUACGACAUCGCGGAAGACGACUCUGGGAUUGUCGGCAAGGCAUGUUCGUGUCGUAUACGGGACAGGCAGUGGAUGCCUCUGGGUCAGGGAGUGGCGUUGAGAGAUACAUGGUGGAUCCGAUGACCUACCUAGGCAUGCAUGGGCACAUCAAAGAUCAGCAAGACGAUCUCGGGCCAGACGCAUUUGCUAAGGCAGAUCCUCCAAACGAUGACUUUCUCCUGCUGCUUCCGCCGCAAAUCAAAGGCUUCUGCAUUCGAGACAAGAAGUGGCGAGACCUAGAUGUGGACCUAAUUGAAGAUAUUCAGUGGAAUGAAAAGGCCUUCGACAGUCUCGUCUUGCCUGACAAAAGCAAGAAGAUCAUUAAAGCACUCGUCACUAACCAGGGGGGAGCCGACAAAGGCUCUGAUUUGGUUCAGGGAAAAGGCAACGGUGUAAUUAUUCUCCUUCACGGGGGCCCGGGAACCGGCAAAACCUUGACAGCAGAGAGUAUUGCAGAGAUCACCAGAAAGCCGCUUUAUCGAGUGACCUGCGGUGACAUCGGAACGGAACCGGGAGAAGUGGAGGGGUACAUGGAGUCAGUCUUUAGACUGUGCAAGAUCUGGAACUGUGUGGUGCUGCUGGAUGAAGCCGACGUUUUUCUUCAAGAGAGAAAUCUUCAAGAUCUCCAACGCAACGCCAUAGUAUCAGUCUUCUUGAGGGUCCUUGAAUACCACGAAGGCAUCCUGUUCCUGACUAGCAACCGAAUCGGUACUUUUGACGAAGCGUUCAAAUCCCGCAUCCAAUUGUCCCUUCAUUACGAUGCUUUGGGUCUACCACAGCGCAGGAAGGUGUGGCGCAAUCUCAUCAAGCAUCUAGAAGACAUGGAAGAGGAGGCGGUUGAUUACGAGGACCUGAGAGACCACAUUGACGAGUUGGCAGGAAAGCCAUUGAAUGGGCGGCAAAUUCGAAACUGCAUUACUUUGGCCAGACAGCUGGCGCAGUAUAAUGGGGACAAAUUGAAACACGAGCAUUUGGAGGAUGUGAUCCAGACGCAAGCGAAUUUUGACAGUUACACCAAGACGCUGAAUGACGAUAUGACGGAUGAUGAGAAGGCGAGGGAACUCCAGAUCCGAUGA